AUGAAUAUGAAACUGUUUCAAACCCUAAUUUCCGAAGCCAACAACAGCUUCAUCGUCUACAUCAGGUUUAUAGUGCGAGAUGGCAUCCGUCUCCAGUCAGCCUCAGUUCCGAUACACACAGACCCCAUCCAAGUUGUGAACACAAAGUGUAAUGUUGGAGCAAACAGGAAUCAAGCCUUCAUUGAAUUUGCUGAACAAAAUCAAGCUAUAGCAAUGAUAUCAUAUUAUGCUUCAUCAUCAGAACCAGCUCAGGUGCGAGGGAAAACUGUCUACCUACAGUAUUCCAACAGGCAAGAAAUUGUGAACAACAAAACCUCUGCAGAUGUUGCUGGAAAUGUACUUCUGGUAACCAUAGAGGGCAAUGAUGCUCGCCUUGUCAGCAUUGAUGUCUUACACCUGGUGUUUUCUGCGUUUGGUUUUGUGCAUAAAAUCACAACUUUUGAGAAGACAGCUGGAUUUCAGGCUCUUGUGCAGUUUACAGAUUCAGAAACUGCUACUUCUGCAAAGGAUGCUCUUGAUGGAAGAAGUAUUCCCAGGUAUUUGAUUCCAGAGCUUGGACCAUGUUCUCUUAAGAUAACAUAUUCUGCACAUACAGAUUUGAGUGUAAAAUUCCAGAGUCAUCGUAGCAGGGACUAUACAAAUCCUAUGCUUCCUGUUGCAUCUUCAGCAAUAGAUGCUACUGGUCAGUUCAGUUUAGGUUUAGAUGGAAAGAAGAUUGAAUCAGAGAGUAAUGUUCUUCUUGCUUCUAUUGAAAACAUGCAGUAUGCAGUCACCUUGGAUGUUUUACACAUGGUAUUUUCUGCUUUUGGGCCUGUUUUAAAGAUAGCCAUGUUUGACAAAAAUGGUGGAGUUCAAGCUCUAAUUCAAUACCCUGAUGUUCAGACAGCUAUUGUAGCCAAGGAAGCAUUGGAAGGACACUGUAUAUAUGAUGGAGGGUUUUGCAAGCUUCACAUCUCUUAUUCUCGACACACUGAUCUAAGCAUCAAGGUGAACAAUGACCGCAGUAGAGAUUACACAGUGCCAGCUGGCGCACAGAUGAUGAAUUCACAACCGUCCAUCUUGGGGCAACAACCACCAUCAGGGCCGCCACAAUACAGUGGUGGUGGUGCACAGUACAUCCCUGCACCAGAAGGGUACGCAGCAGCACCAACAGCAUCUCAGUCGUCAGGAGGGUGGGCCCCGGGUGCGCCAGCUGGGCCCCAGUCCAUGCCAAUGCAUAUGCAGCAGCAACAUCAACAUCCGCAACAGCAACAGCAACAGCAACAGCAACAGCAACAGCAGCAGCAGAUGCAUAAUCAUCCUUACAUGCCACAUCAUCAUCAGCAGCAGCAAGGCAUGCCAUCUGAAAUGGGUCAUGGGCCGGGUCACUAUAACGGGCAGAAUGGGUACCCACCACCACCACGUUAUCAUCAAUAGAAUCUUUAAUUUCCUUGUUUUUUUUUUUUUAAUGUUGUUUUGUGCUGUGA